GUUAUCUCCGGCGGUCCACUGGUUGUGAAUUCCGCAGCCGCUCGCAUGAGAUGUGAGUUACAGACCGGAAGGCGGCUUCUGCCUUGGGAGCGAAGCUUGUUGUUCUUCCCUGUUGGGAGUAAAGGGAACUCGCAUGGAUGCUUGAAAAUGAUCAGUCUCGAACAAAGGAGAGAUGCUGUUCUCAUAGGAAGUCCUAGUUUCACAGAAUUGAAUAUUUGACAAUCGGUUAAUGCAACACUUCUCUAAAGAUUUACUUCUCUGGUUCCCCCCUCCCAAAGGAAUAUAGUUUUUAAUUCAUUUGGAAGAAUUAUGCUUUGGAAAGCAGACAAUGUCAAUUGUAUGUUAUCUGCCAGCUGGCUGGAUGCUAGAUCACCUCCUUUUCAUAAAUAAAUCUGGAUACUAUUUUUGCCCCUCUCUUGAGCAGUCAGCUAAGGGUAGUUUUGACAAUACUAUACCUGCUUCAUCGGGUACAAGUUUGAUUCCUAUAAAAUCAUGUACAAAAAAAAAUAUUCAUGAAUUUAGCAAUUCAGGAGAAAAAUCUAAUCAGAUGGUAAAGAGGACGUACUUAUUUCGAGAAGAAUUUUUUAAUGUAAUUAAGCCCCAUAUUCCUGCAAGCUUCCAGACGGAAAAGCAUAGUGGGAUUAAUCUAGAAACUAGUAUAUCUGAACAGCAGAAAAAUGACAAGGACAAGAAAUCUGUUAUUACAGUUAAGGCUAAAAAGAAACGGAAAAGAAGCAGUGAACUUAAUCAUGGUGAAAGUGAUAUCUUAGAGUAUCAUUUAAAGGUACGUUUGAAGGCUAAUAAUGGGACAGUAUAAUUUAUUUUUGUGGCACAUAUGCUUAUUUUAAGAAAUGUUCAAUGUAAGAAACUUUUUAUGUUGAAAUAAGAGUUAAAUUCACACUUCAUGUUUAGAUAGAAUGUGGUUGUUAUUCUCCAAUGUUGGUGGAGACAGUGGUCAAUAGAACUUAGUCUACCAAAAUGAUGUCAUCACCUCGGGGGAGUGUCCUCCCGCUUUUCUAGACUCAGUUCGAUCGAACUGGCUGUGCUAACUGCUUUCUCCUCAACUUUAAAAGUUAUUUAAAUCGUAUUUAAUUGGAUUUUGUUCUAAAUUUCAUCUAAAUUGGAAGGAAUUAGGAUAGCUCUUUAAAACUAAGUCUCUCAUCUAGCCCGGGGCUAUUGGGAGAGAUUUUUGAGGCUUUUGCCUCUGGAGCUCUCCAGCAAACAGCUCCUCGUGGCAACGGCCGCUGGAGGCCUUUAA